AGAGUUGGCUCUCUUCAGUGUGGGACUUAAGUAUGAAAUACAGGUUGUCAGGCUUGGCAGCAAGCGUCUUUACCUAGGGAGCUAUCUCACAGCCCUUUGGUUGGCUGGCUUGCACUGUGGAAGAGUCUUUGGCUUGCUUUCUCUCACUGGGGAGCCUGGUAGACUGGCUCCUCACUUUUUGCUGCUCAGCCUUUGUGUUUCUCCAGGAUUUUCAGCUGUCUCUGGAUUCUUUUGCACUUUCUCAUGCCCCUCUCAGUUUUUUCUCUUUGUAUAAGGUCCCUUUUACAUCUGACUUUUCACAAUCCUAGCAUUACGUAGAGACUGCUUUUGAUAUUCCAUCUGGGUAUACAGUUCACACAGUCCCAGAGAAGGUAUCUUGAAAAAUUUCAUCACAGUAAGGCAGGUCAGUGUAAGCAAUAUCUUUUGGCACUUAUGUAGCUUCUAACCAACAUAGGUAUAGAUAAUGCCUAUUCUCUGCAAGAAAUUUGAAGAAGGGCACUACAUUGAACUAUGAAGUAGUUCUAUAUGUUACCACAGUUAAAUUCCUGUAUGUAGGAACCGUAGCUAAAUUUAUGUAUGUAGGAACCAUUGUUUCACUAUUCUGAGCAAGGGGAUGAAUAUUUCUGACUCAUUUGGAUAAUACACAUGGAGUGGCCUGUUGCACUAAUAGAUUUUUUUUUACCUUUAAUCCUUAGCAUCUAUCUACAAGAACUUUUCUGCAAUGUCUCCAUAUCAUACAGAUAUGAUAGGCUUAGAAGUCAACCCUUCAUUAGACAUGAAACUUGGAACAACAACAACAAAACCUUCAACUGUGCUCUUGAAUGCCACCCAGAAACAGAAAGGCAUGCAGCCAAGUUUUCCCAGCUCUUUGUCCCAUCUCCUGGUGUUGCUUGGAUAUAGUUCAUCAACAAACCGAGAUUCUGCCACUACUGUAUGACUAGAGAGCACUGCAGCAGCCCUGCCUUGGAUGUAGACACUUUUAAAACAAGGAACCACAUUACAAGGUACAAGAUAAAGAGAAAUGCGGAGAGACUUGAAAAAGCAGUACGAACACCAGAAUGUUCCACGAAUACCCCGCAUUCAAGUCCCCACAGUGGCUGCUGACAAUUCAUUACUGAAGGACCUAAAUCAAGGACAGCGGCGCUACUUGUACAGCAUCAUGAGGAUUUAUGACUCCAGGCCCCAGUGGAAGGCCCUGCAGACCCGCUACAUUCACAGCCUUGGGUACCAACAGCAUCUGGGUUAUAUCACUCAGCAGGAGGCCUUGUCUUGUGCUGCUGUACUGAAACAUUCAACCAUUCGAGCCUCAGCCACUGUUGCUCCUCAAAGGAGUAUUCUCCCCAAAGUCUUCAACCAUGCAAAGAAAGUGUCAAUCAGCAAAACCAGAGCUUAGAGUUGGAUCCUGGGCCCCCAGUACAGUGUGGUGAGGAUCAAGACCUUAGACAGUGCAUAGCCUCUGAAAUAGGCAGCUCAUCUGUGUAUUCUUGGCAUUUUAGUGGGUGCUUGGUAUGUGUUUGCUGAAUGACAAUGAAUAAAAGAAUACUAACAUAAACUCUAGAAGUACAAAUAAUUCCUCCUUCACAUAAAUGCUGCCAAUAAGAACAGGUUGGAAGGUUUUAAAGCUAUUGAGCAGAGAAAAAGCAAGCUUUAGCUCAAAUAAUCUGUAAAAAUAAAUGGACUUUCAAAGCUUUCAAAGUAAAAGCUUCUUAUGAGUUCCAGUCUCCCAGAGAAAUCUGCAGAAUAGUCAAAGGGGACAAGGGACAGCACCUCCAGCUCUGGGUGACCACUGCCCAUUGCACAUCUGAAAAUACAGGAACCAACACAGUCAAUACAGAUUAUAGAGGUUUCUGGAGUCACAGUGUUGGUGAUGAGUGGCAUGUGCCUCUUACUAUUCCCAUCCAACCAAGCAAUAAUAUUUACCUUGGUCCUACAGUUUCUAGUUCUAGACUGACUCAAUCAUUUUGUGUCAUUUUGAAAUUUGUGCUUACCAGCCCAUUACUGCCAGGAGAAUCCUAUACAGCUGUAAUUGGCCUUGACAUGGAUAAGAUAAUUCAUGCGCACACCUGCCCCUGGCAGUCACAAACACUCUCAGCAGAACAGAAAAUAGCCCCAAAGAAUUGAUCUCAUGUCUUAUCUCUGAGGAUUUUAAGAACGAAUACAAGACCAUGCAAAUGAGCAAAUAAUGAGAUAACUGCCAGGCAGGCCCUCUCUGCAAAUGGCACAGAGUCAUAUUAGUUAUGUUUACUAGUGACUUUCUUCACCAGCAAGUCUCUUGUGUGUGCCAAAAAUUAGUGAUUCCAUACUAAGUCAAGUUAAAAAAAAAAAAAACAGCCACUUCCUUAUCUUUGUUUUUUUUUUUUUUUAAAUGUCAUUCAUAUCAACCAGUGACUGUCACCACAUGAAUAAAUUGAUUGGGAUAAAACUUAGUUGACAAAAGAGAUGGAACAUUCAUCUGAAAGGAAGAUGUCAUAACAUUACCAGACCUCUUUCUGGACAAACCCAGAAAGAACCAAAAUCCCUUAAACCCUCAUUGGUG